AUGCGCAGGAGGGCAGGUGUCGCCGGCAGCCGAGGGCCGCCGGGAGCAUCGUGGCAGUCCGCGAACCUCAUGGUGCUGUGUCAGGGCGGAGAGGGCGACGCUGCUCCGGCAGCGGCCGGGCAGGAGCCUGAGGUGCCGCCGGGCCGGGAGGAUGGGCCGGGUGCGGUGCAGCCGUACCCGGCGCCCGGCGUCGAGGCGGCGGGUGCCGAGGAGCGCCGCGGUUGUGGCUGCUGCUCGGGCAUGUCGUGGCCGUUCUGCUGCGAGGCACCUGGGGCAAAGAGGAAAGCUACGUGCCCAGGACUUGGUCUGUUUUAUACCAUACUAUCUGCCUUCCUUUUCUCAGUGGCCUCUUUAUUUCUUAAAAAAAUAGAAGAUGUACAUUCAGUGGAAGUGAGUGCAUUUCGAUGUGUUUUCCAAAUGGCAUUUGUUCUUCCUGGUUUAAUAUACUACAAAACAGGGUUUUUGGGACCAAAAGGUAAAAGAAUUUUUCUUUUCUUCCGAGGAUUCCUUGGCUCUACUGCAAUGAUUCUUCUCUACUACGCUUACCAAGUCAUGCCGCUAGCUGAUGCCACUGUUAUAACUUUUACCAGUCCUGUUUUUACAUCAUUGCUGGCAUGGAUCUUUCUCAAAGAGAAAUACAGCCUUUGGGAUGUUCUGUUCACUCUCUUUGCAGUCACUGGAGUGAUUCUUAUUGCCAGACCACCAUUUCUGUUUGGCUCACGUGUUGCAGGGAUUGAAGGAAGUUACUCAGAUCACCUUAAAGGAACCAUAGCAGCGAUUGCAAGCACGAUAUCUGCAGCUUCGACUAUUGUUAUACUAAGGAAGGUGGGAAAGUCUGUGCAUUAUUUUUUGUCAAUUUGGUAUUAUGCAGUCAUUGGAUUAAUUGGAUGUGUUAUAGCAUUGUUUGUUUUGAAUGAAUGGCGUUUACCACAUUGUGGCAGAGAUAGGGUUUUUCUAAUAUUAAUAGGCUUGUUAGGGUUGGGGGGUCAGAUAUUUCUCACAAAAGCAUUACAGAUAGAGAAAGCUGGACCUGUAUCAAUAAUGAGAACAAUGGAUGUGGUGUUUGCUUUUAUUUUACAAGUUCUUUUUCUCAAUCAUAUACCAACUUGGUGGACUGUGGGUGGUGGCCUUUGUGUAGUAGCCAGUAGUUCCGGAACCGCCAUUCGUAAGUGGAGACACAGUGUGAAAAAAGCUAAACAGAGGGAAAUCUAA